AGUGGCGAAUCAACGAAGCAAAUCAAAAUCCGGGGACUAGCUGUCAGAACCGGGACAUUUCCUGAGUAAUGCGGAUCGCUGUCCUCUUUUAAAAUGAUAGCAAGUUGUGUGUGUUUGGGGACACUUCCGCUAGUAUUUCCGUAGGAUGCUACGUGAAUGAAGCUUUCACGUUAUACCGAAGUCGUUCUCCGCACCUCUCGUAGGUAGGCUACGCACAGCGCCACCGGCUGAUUGUCCACUCUACGGUUUGACAAGCGGACGAGACGACGAUGAAAUUUGAGCUCCAGUGAAUAGCGAGGCAGUCCACAAUACGUCGUGAACAGCUGUGGAAGUGACGCUUUAGCCAAGAUAGCUACUGUGUGUACCGCACCAAGGAUGCUGCAAAUCGGGGACGGGCAGGCUUGCUUCUCGGCGGUGUUUCUGCUAGUUCUGCUCGGAACCAGGAGCGCCGUCUGUUCCUCGGUCUUCACGGCUGCCCUCUACGUGUUUCUGGUGAUGUUUAGAUACCCACAGGUUCCGCAUAGCCGAACAAGGCAGGUUUUUCGCCCCAGUGUAGGCGCAAAUGAUGGGAUCUCCGUGAUCGCACACAGGGGUGGGGGACACGACGCUCCGGAAAACACCCUGGCAGCGAUUCAGGAGGCCAGCAGGAACGGGGCGACGGGUGUGGAGCUGGACCUGGAGUUCACAGCAGACGGGAUUCCGGUCCUGAUGCACGAUGAGACCGUGGACCGCACCACCAAUGGGUCAGGACCGGUGGGGAAACUGCGCUUCGUUGAGCUCAGGAAGCUGGACGCCUCUGCUAAGCACAGGCUCAGGGACAAGUUUCCGGGACAGAAGGUUCCUACUCUGCAGGAGGCUGUGGAAGAGUGCAUCAAACACCAUCUGACCAUCUUCUUUGAUGUCAAAGGUCAUCCAGAUGAGGCAGCCACUGCCCUCAGAGUGAUGUAUAAGAAACACCCGACCCUCUACAACACAAGCAUCGUUUGCUCGUUUGAACCGAAGGUGAUCUACAAGAUGCGGCAGGCGGACCCCGCCGUGGUGACGGCGCUCUCCCACCGGCCGUGGAGCCUGAGUCGGCUGGGCGACGGCACGCCGCGGUUCGAGUCGCCGUGGAAACACUACUGGAUGCAGGCGCUGGACGUGCUGCUGGACUGGGCGCAUCACCACCUGCUGUGGAACCUGUGCGGGGCGUCGGCCUUCCUGGUGCAGAAGAGCUUCAUCUCCCCGGACUAUGUUCAGUACUGGUCUCAGCGGGGAGUGUCUGUAGUGGGCUGGACCAUCAACACAGCCGUGGAGAAACAGUACUACCAGGACGUGCUGAAGAUCAGUUACAUCACAGACAGCCUGAGGGAGGACUGCGAUCCCCACUACUGACCUCAGCCACACCCGGGAAGGGCAAAAACAAACAAACAAACACACACACACCUCUCUCUCUCUCUGACAUACAUGCACACACACACACACCUCUCUCUCUGACACACGCACACAC